AUGGGGUCUCCAGCUGCACCCUCUUAUGCCAACCUCGUUAUGACUUGGUGGGAAGUUACUUUUUUGAGUUCUUUGAAAUCUAAUUUUCGAAUUUUAUUUUACCAGAGGUUUGUAGAUGAUUUAAUCUUUAUUAUUGAAGGAAAUCAAACGACAGUCGAUCAAUUUCUCGUGGAAAUUAAUAAAAUGGACUGUUUCCUGAAAUUUACCCUGGGAAGUUCAGGUUUAUCAAUUAAUUUUUUGGACAUUACCGUAUGGUGGGACUUUAGGGUUAAUAAAUUUAACAGCAAAAUAUACCGCAAGGAGACAUUUACAAACAGUUAUGUCCAUUUUUCAAGUGCACACCCUAGACACAUUAUUCGAAACAUUCCUAAAGGGCAGUUCAUUAGAGCCUGUAGGAUGACAUCAGAUGAAAACGAACUUUUGGCCGAAUUAGCAUUCAUUAGGAACAUGUUUCAUCAAAGGGGGUAUCCACCGCAAUUGCUGAAUGAUACUAUUAGGGAAGUGUUGAGUAAACGGACAUCACACUACCCAGCCUUGUUGGAUAAAUUUGACCCUAGUCACAUUUUCUCCUCUAGUAACAACUUUGGUAAAUCUAAAAAUUGUGACAAUAUGGUUUGUUCCUUGGAUAUGAGUACGGAUGGGAAUAACAUCAAAAAAAUAUUAGAAAACAACUGGAAGAUCAUAGAAGGUAAUUCUGAUAUCUUUAAGGUCUUAGGUAACAAACCAAGUUUUGUGUUUAGAAAUAAUUAUAAUAUCAAGAAAGCCCUUGAAUUCAACAAAUUUAAACACGACAACCACAUGAUUCUAGUGGCCCCGGUUGUGCUGACAAUAAUUAACACUAGUUUAGUUUCUGGUGUAGUGCCCAAUGAUUUUAAAAGAGUGGUUAUGCAUCCACUAUUGAAAAAAUCAGGUCUUGAUGCAUCCGUAUUAGCUAAUUAUAGGCCAAUUUCUAAGUUACCUUUCUUGAGUAAGGUGAUGGAGAGAUGUGUCUAUGGCCAAUUGUUGGAUUUUUUAGAUAAAAACAAUUUCUUAGAAAAUUUUCAAUCUGGUUUUAAACCAUUACAUAGUACUGAGACAGCUUUGUUGAAAGUUAUGAAUGAUAUUUUUCUUGCGACUGAUGGAGGAAAAUCUGUAUUAUUAGUGUUGUUGGAUUUAACGGCUGCUUUUGAUACAGUUGAUCAUGAGGUGCUUUUGCACCAUCUUGAACACUAUGUGGGAAUUACUGGUUCGGCGUUAAAUUGGUUUAGGUCUUACCUUUCUGAUAGAAUGGUAUGUGUUCAGUGGAGUGGUUUUUCAUCUGAUUUUUUCCAUCUUCCUUGGGGAGUUUCACAGGGUUUAAUUUUAGGGCCUUUGUUGUUUUGUAUUUAUAUUUUGCCUCUGGGAGAUAUCUUACGGAAAUAUGGUAUUGACUUUCAUCUGUAUGCUGAUGAUUGUCAACUUUAUUUACCUUUGGAUGAGGCUGAUGGUCGAUCAAUAUCAAAGGUUCUGGACUGCUUAUGUGAGCUUAAGACAUGGAUGGUGGAAAACUUUCUGAGUCUUAAUGAAGGGAAGACAGAAGUGGUGCUUUUUGGUUCAAGUUGUUAUACUGACUCCUUCAUGACAGAUUGUGGUGAAUUGACUCCCUAUUUGAAGGAUUUUGUUAUUAAUUUGGGAGUAAAAAUGGACAAAGAUCUCUGUUUUAGGGGUCACAUAAAUAGGGUAGUGGCAUCCUCUUUUUAUCAGUUAAGACGCUUGGCUAAGGUGAAACCAUUUUUGUCUAGGUGUGAUCUUGAAACUGUGGUGCAUGCUUUUAUAACUUCACGUUUAGACUAUUGUAACUCCAUUUUAUUUGGAGUGAGUCAGGGUGUCUUAUCUCGCCUACAGCUUGUUCAAAAUGCUGCUGGGAGAUUUUUGGAAGGCAAACGUAAGUUUGAUCAUGCUAUGCCCAUAUUGGCAGCUUUACAUUGGUUACCUGUUUUCUAUAGGAUUCGUUUUAAAAUCUUGUUAUUGGUGUUUAAAGCCCUAAAUGGUUUGACCCCAAUUUAUUUAUCAGAGAUGUUGCAUCCUUAUGUUCCUGCUCGGGCACUUUGCUCAGAAGAUUUGUCUUUGCUUGUGGUCCCAAGGUCACGAUUAAAGACGAGGGGAGACAGAGCUUUUGCUGUCGCAGCUCCAAAACUUUGGAAUGAGCUUCCACUUUAUAUUCGGCAGUCUUCUUCAGUGGCAGUUUUUAAAUCAAAGCUUAAGACUUAUUUUUAUGAUUUGGCUUUUAGUAAUGUAUGA